UCUAACCAAACUUUCGUAGCUCACACUUCCACUCUCUCUCUCCCUCUCUUUGCUUGCCCUCAUUUUCAUUGAGUGCAUUUUGCCACCUUCCAACCUUCAGUAAAAGGAUCUUCUUCCUCUUCCAUUGCAGCAAUGGAUUCGGUGAUGGCAUUGGGGACUGCAAAGCCAGUGGUGAUCUUUACCAAGAACUCAUUAUGUUGCAUGAGCCACAGCAUUAAGACACUCAUAAGCAGCUAUGGGGCCAGUCCUACGGUCUAUGAGCUUGAUGAAAUGCCAAACGGAGAGCAAAUGGAAAAGGCCCUACCAAUACUAGGGUGUCCAAAUUUACCAGCGGUAUUCAUAGGUAAAAAGCUGGUUGGUGGGGCUCGUGAGAUAAUGAGCCUGCAAGUCAGGGGCGAGCUCUCUGAUCUGCUCAUAGAGGCAAAAGCUAUAUUUUUUUGGAACAAAAAAUAGCGUCUGCACCAUGAUGAUAUGCCGUAGAGAACAAAGUAUGGGGAAUGUAUUAGAAUCAUAAGUAACGGCUGUAGUAGUAUAAAAUGAGAACUAAUAUUGUAAACUAGCUUGUCGAGCCUUUUUCAUGGCACCUUUUCUUUGUUGGUCGUGUCUUUGGUUUAGGUUGCAGGGAAAGAUUACAAUCUUUUCCUUAAACUAGGUUCAAGGAAAACCCAUGUUUUAGCAUGCUACACAUUCCCCUUUUUAUGGUAAAUAAAGUUACAUUUUUACUA